UCAUCCGCAACAACAUCUGGUGAUGGGCGGCUCAAGGCCCUCUUCCACGGGACAUUUAACGCCAACGCAAGGAGCAACAAAUUUUGCACUUCCGCCGCUGACAGCAAAAUGGCCAGUAAGCCGAAAUUCAGCUUUGAAAGUCAGCCACAGGUGACCAUCGACGAUGUGGACGACAAUGACGAGGACCGGAUUGCUGCAAGCUUCGCCGGACGAACACUCUUCAUAACAGGCGGCACUGGCUUCCUUGGCAAAGUGCUGGUGGAGAAAUUACUCAGGUCCUGCGGUCAGUUGAAGAAGAUCUACUUGUUAAUUCGGCCAAAGAAGGGUAAAAAUCCCCAAGAGCGUAUAAAGGACAUUUUCAGUAAUGUGCUAUUCGACAUGGUUAAACAACAACGCGGCGAGUCACUAAUUCUUAGUCUUGUGGAGGCCAUAGAAGGGGAUGUUCUGCUGCCGGGUUUGGGUAUUUCAGAAGAAAAUUUGCACAAAUUACGCAAGGAAGUUUCCAUCGUCUAUCAUUGUGCGGCGACCAUACGUUUUGACGAGCCCUUACGCAAAGCAGUUUUCAUGAAUACACGCGGUACACACUACAUGCUACAACUGGCGGCCACACUCAAGCAUCUAGACUUAAUUGCUUACGUCUCCACGGCUUAUUGUCAUCUACAUAUUAAGACACUCUACGAGAAACCCUACGAUCCACCAGCAAAUCCUCACCAUGUCAUGCAAGCUUGCGAGUGGCUCAGCGAUGACGAAGUGUCUACAAUCGAGAAGAAAAUCUUAGGUGACAUACCCAACACUUAUGCCUACACCAAAUCGCUAGCCGAAGCGCUGGUCGUGGAGAAGUUCAAUGAAUUACCCGCUGUCAUACUGCGGCCCUCCAUUGUCAUACCGAUCUGGAAGGAGCCGCUACCCGGUUGGACAGACAAUAUUAAUGGACCAACCGGCUUGCUAAUUGGCGCCGGUAAAGGUGUCAUACGCACGAUGUACUGCAACUCUUCGGGUUAUGGCGACUUUUUGCCCGUGGAUAUUGCUGUGAAUGGCAUGCUCGUGGCUAGUUGGCGUUUCCUAACAACCACUGAUCGCAGUAAAGUUAAUCGUGUUUCGCAUAUGACCAGUUCGAAUGAUAUUAAAGUGUCGUGGAAUGAGAUUAUCGAAUGCGGUCGUUGGGUUAUUGAGAAUAAGAUACCGUUGAAUGGUGUGGCCUGGUAUCCGGGUGGUUCCAUGAAGUCCAACUAUUAUUUACAUGUCGUGUGUAUGGUGCUCUUCCAUUGGAUACCGGCGUUGUUCGUGGAUGCGCUAUUGAUACUGUUGCGAUAUCCGCCAGUUCUUUGUCGUGUGCAGAAACGCAUCAAUAACGGUUUCCAGGUAUUCGAAUACUAUGCGAAUAAGAUUUGGAACUUCGAUAAUACCGAAGUGGUUAACAUACGUGCGUUGAUGAAUAAAAAGGAACGUCUCACCUAUGUUAUAGAGAAGAUCGACGUGGAUCUGGUUGAUUAUUUCACGCAGUGUGUGCUCUGUGCGCGUCGUCUGAUACUAAAGGAGAGCGAUGAUACCAUACCUGCUGCUAGGAAGCAUAUGAAGAUCAUGUGGUGCGUGGAUAAGCUCGUGAAAGGCCUGUGGAUAGCAUUGUUUGGUUAUUUAUUAUAUCGUUACGUGUUUGCCGGUUAUUUUAAUAACAUUACGACAUUAGCUCAACCGCUGGAAACAUUUUAGUAUGUUUAUAUUUUUUUAAUAAAAAUAAUAAUUGUUUUAUUUUUGUUUAUAUUAAGUAAAUUAUAGCUUAAGUUGUAUACCAAAUAACUAUAUAAUUUGUUGAAUAUAUGUAUACGAAUACAUAUCUAAACAUAAUUUUAAUAUAUGUACAUAAUGGGAUUGAAAUGUAAGUUUUUAGCUUAAGUUUGGACCCACAAAUAAUUAUGAAAUAGUACUACAAUUGCCUGUUUUUUAAUAAAUGGAGAACAUAUUGUUAUUUAUUUAUUUUCGGCACUACAAAUUUACGAUAUCUGCAGUUUUUAAAGCAAAUAAAUUAUUUAUUGUUCUUUCCUCAAUUUAUUUUAACUUUGCCGACCUGACUGUACAGUACGAAUAAGAAAAUAAGCAAACAAAAUAAAUAACUACAUGCUGUACUAAAAAUUAUUGGCAUUAAAAUAAUUUCACGUGAACUACCCUGUGUCACUAAUGUUUGUUGAGGCGUAUUAUAUAUUGGUGAAAAUCGCUGUCAAUUGGCAAUGCACUAAAAAUCAACAAUGUACACAUAAUAUUACCCAGUUUUAAUAAAAUAUGACUGUUGCCACAUAAUUUUGAACAAAAAA